AUGGCAUCUGCAAAUACGAGCAGAGUCAGAAUCAUCACGACGUUCAAUCAGUAUGAAUCAGCUAUGUCGGAUACAAACUCUGUGGUUGUGAUCCUCUACACUGCACCGGGUUGCCCCCACUGUAACAGGUUCUUGCCGCAGUACAACUCUAUCUCGAUCGAGUCUGCAUGGAACAACAUUUCUUUCUACAAUGUAAAUAUCAUGAGCGGCGAUGGGCUUGGAAUAGCGAGGCGCAACAACGUCGGAGGCGUUCCGCAUACUUCCUUCUACUCCCGUGCCAAGAAGCUCGGAGACAUGAGAGGAGACAGCAUCUCGGAGUUUCGCAAGCUCCUUGCCAAGCACUUGCAAGACCGCACCUUCGUUGGAGCAGGAUACGUCUUGGGCUCCAGCGCCAACUCGGAGCCUCCCCGAGCCAUGGGGAACUCUCGUGAGGAGAAUGCCAAGAAGCUUGAGAAGAAAUCCGUGCCGGCCCACAAGAUCGAGGCCUUGGAGGGGAUGGGGUUCGAGCGCAGCAAGGCGAUAGCUGCGCUGCAGAGGACAGAAGGCGAUGUGGACCAGGCAGCUGACAUCCUGCUGGGAGGUGGCUCGGCUCAGGACAAAGCUUGGAUCGCUGGAGUGUCCAUCGACACAGAGGCAUCGGACGCUCAGCGAAGGGAGCUGGAGCAGGGAAGGAAGUGCGGUAUUGGGCUGGGCCUCGUUGAUCACUGGGACAACACUGGGCCCAGAGUCUCAGACGUGGUCCCCUACUCGCCUUCAGCUGAAGCAAAGAUUUUCAACAAGGGAGACAAGAUUGUUGCGAUUGAUGGGGUGGACGUGCGGGGAUUUCGAGUCGACCAGCUCAAGAAUCUGAUCCUUGGGGCUCCGGGCACGCAAGUGGAGAUCUCCUUCGUGCCUGUCUCGCACCUACGCUGGGGAGGAGGACUGCUAGGAGGAAACGAUUCGAAGGAUAUCGUGAAGGUCAUUUUGACCCGAGAGGUCAGGCUGGAUACAUGCCUGGCAGGAGCGAGAGGAAAGGACGUGAAGACCCAGACGAUGAAGAAGAGGGAGGAGCCGGCGUCAGCGAAGCCGGCAUGGUACUCGACAGUCUGGCAGGACAUCAAAUCCGGCUCUGAGCGGAUGAGCAAAAACCUGGAGAAUGGCUUCAAGUCAGCUGGGGACAAGAUCGAGGAGGCAGGCAGCGCCAUCGGAAAGUCAGCCUCGAAUGGAUGGGAGAAAACCUCCAAAGGAGCCAAAGAGGUAGCGAAGUCCAUCAACGAAUCGACGGCUUCUGCAAGCGAGACCAUGACGGAGGCGGGAGAGAAAAUCAAGGAGGCCGUCGUCGUCGACACAGCCGCUCGCAAGAGGAUCGCAGUUGAGACGGCAGAACUCGAGGAGGAGAACAGACUUCUCAGAGAAAGGCUCAAUCAAGCUGCUUCGAGCGGUUCCAACACGCCGAGCGCCAAGUCCGACGGCUCAAGGAGAGGCGAUGGAUGCCAGGAAGGAGAGUCAACGGACAUCCGCAGCUUCGCAGCUGAGUCCUUCUCCACUGCCAAGUCGCCUAACGUACCCGAGUGCUCUAUCAGAGUGAGGAUGACUGACGGAACGGUUAUCGAGAAGAGCUUUCCCUCGUCCACGAAGCUCAAGAAGGUGGUUGAGAGCGUUCUGCCCUCGGACGACCUGCGCGAGGAGUGGACUCUGAUGCUCCCGUGGCCUCCGAUGUCGCCAAGAGACUUUCCUGACCUGCUCCUCAGGUACCCGAGGAAGAUAUUCGGCGACGAGGACCUCGACAAGACCCUUCUCGAAGCUUCGCUGGCACCUGCUGCUACCAUGAACGUCACCAAACGGAGAUGA